AUCGGUUUCAGUUUCAUGAAAUAACAACAACAAACACAUUUGCUAUAAUUUGUGAAUUUAAGUAUCAUUUACAGAAAGACUAACAGAUAACAUGGGAGGUUUAUUCUCAGUACCAAGAACACAAAGAAUUCUUAUAGGAGAUUUAUCGUCACUGCCGGACAGAGAACAAAAGCUCUAUGAACUCAGUAAAUAUGUUCUAGAUUUGGAAAAUCACUAUAUCGGAACUCUCUCAAACAAACUUGGUAUAAAGAUUGUUGCACUGGAGGUAAAAAGUUUAGAUAAAUCUGAUGACCAAAGUAAAGAAGAGCCUGCAACAUUGAAUGAUUGUAAAGACAUUUCUUGUACUGGAAUUGACCUCCAGACAGCUGAUGAUCAGCCUACUGAUGAGGUUAUAAGUUUAUUUCAUUUGCUAGUCACUGAUAAACCUUACUUCUAUUCUCAGACAUUUUCUGCAUGGAGAUCAUUGAUCAAAUUCAGGAAUCUGUGUUCAUUCUCUUGCUUUCAACCUGAGAAGCGGACAAUUUACAUACAGCCUGUUGAUAAUUUUCCAAACUUUAUAGCAGAUUGUGAAAUGCACAUGAAAAGUUUUGGGAGUAGUUUCGAUUUCUUUGCCUUGUUGAAAACAUUUACUGAAAUAUAUUUUGAUGGAUUAAGUGUGAAUUUAUUGCCAAAUAUUUUCUUAAUGCAAUCGAAAUGGAAUAUAAAAAGCAGACUUCACCAUAAAACCGGACAGAAACAGUAUUUUGUGAGAGAUUUUUAUGAAACUUUACAAAAAGUUAUGCCAUCAGAUGGCUUUUGCAUUAUGGGUAUUUCUUGGACAGAUUUGUAUCCAACAGAAGAUUUAAAUUUUGUUCUUGGUGAAGCAAACUUUAUGACUAAUUCUGGAAUUUUUUGUUUUGGUCGAUAUGAACCAAAAGCUUUCAAUCCUGAUACACAUAAAGAUAUCACAGAAUUGGAUGGAAAGAUUUUAUGGAGAAUUUUGAAGGUGCUGAGUCACGAAACAUGUCAUCUGUUUGGCUUACAACACUGCUGGUAUUUUCAGUGUGCAAUGAAUGAAAGUACAAGCAUGCUUGAAGCAGCCUCGCAGCCAUUAUUUCUAUGUCCUGUUUGUCUGCGUAAACUACAGUACUCAUGUGGAUUUGACGUGCUGUCAAGAUACAAGAAAAUGCUGCCAUUUCUGAGAGACAUCAGUAAAAUUUACCCAACAUCCGAGUUCCUUCAUUCUGUGAUAUGGUUAGAAAAAUGUAUUGAAUUUUUACAAUCAGAUGUUGUUUAAAACUCUAUGUAUGGACUGCCAGUGCUAACUGAUUACCGUAGGUUUUUCAAGUAGAGCCACCAGCAUGUGUAACUUCAGUAUUUUUACAGAUUUGAUAUGUGUUGCCCAGUUAUAGAGGACCCACUGCUUCUGGUUAAAUUUAUGGAUAGGUGGUACAAGUACCAAACACUUUAUAGUAUUGUCCUAAAAUGCUUCCUUGCUUGAUGUUCAACAUUAAGAGGAUAGUUCUAAGACUUGUCAGUCCUGUGUUGGAAAAUAUGAUUGGAUGGGAUAUCUUGCAUUAUGUCUAUAUUACAUUGACUACAUAGCACUAUAUAGUUAUGCUUACUGCUACCAUUAAACAGUGUCAAAUUGAUAAAAGGAUGCAAAACCCGAACACACAGAAACACUCCUGUUGAAUAGAUAGUAGAAAAUUAUUCAUUUCUGGCGUACCUCAACAUCGGAAUUCGUACAUCUGUAAUAAGGUUUGAGAAAUGCAUUGAUCAUUGUAACCAGGUCAAAGGUCAAGUUUGUCAUCAAGAUGAAGUGGACAUUAUGCUUAUUGUUGAGUUUUCCAACUUUUUUUAGCUCAUCUGAUUUUUUGAAAAACAAUGAUGAGUUAUUGUCAUGACUUGAGCGGUUGUCGGCGUCGGCGUCUGCAUCGGCAUUGCCUGGUUAAGUUUUAUGUUUAGGUCAGCUUUUCUCCUAAACUAUCAAAGCUAUUGCUUUGAAACUUGGAAUACUUGUUCACCAUCAUAAGCUGACCCUGUAUAGCAAGAAACAUAACUCCAUCUUGCUUUUUGCAAGAUUUAUGGCUCCUUUUGUACUUAGAAAAUAUCAGAUUUCUUGGUUAAGUUUUAUGUUUAGGUCAACUUUUCUCCUAAACUAUCAAAGCUAUUGCUUUGAAACUAGGAAUACUUGUUCACCAUCAUAAGCAGACCCUGUACAUCAAGAAACAUAACUCCAUCUUGCUUUUUGCAAGAAUUAUUGCCCCUUUUGGACUUAGAAAAUCAGUUUUCUUGGUUAAGUUUUAUGUUUAGGUCAGCUUUUAUCCUAAACUAUCAAAGCUAUUGCUUUAAAACUUGCAACACUUGUUCACCAUCAUAAGCUGACCCUGUACAGCAAGAAACAUAACUCCAUCUUGCUUUUUGCAAGAUUUAUGGCCCCUUUUGGACUUAGAAAAUAUCAGAUUUCUUGGUUAAGUUUUAUGUUUAGGUCAACUUUUUCUCUUAAACUAUCAAAGCUAUUGCUUUGAAACUUGUAACACUUGUUCACCAUCAUAAGCUGACCCUGUAUAGCAAGAAACAUAACUCCAUCCUGCUUUUUGCAAUAAUUAUUACCCCUUUUGGACUUAGAAAAUCAUUUUCUUGGUUGAGUAUUAUGUUUAAGUCGACUUUUCUCAUAAACUAUCAAAGCUAUUGCUUUAAAACUUGCAACAGUUUUUCACCAUCAUAAGUGGACACUGUACAUCAAGAAACAUAACUCUAUCCUGCUUUUUGCAAGAAUGAUGGCCCUUUUUAGACUUAGAAAAUCAUGGUUAGGACAAUAUUUCUAUUACACAAAAAAAAUCAGAUGAGCAUCAGCACCCGCAAGGCGGUGCUCUUGUUUGGACUUUAUAAUAGUGUUUUAUCAAGUGUCUUGAGGGGUAGGGGACAUGAUUCUUGUUCUUCAGGUUUUUUUUGCUCUGAAAAGCAUAUAGUGGUUUGCUAUUUUCUAACCAUCGCUUCUUUCAAAUGACAAUUAAAGUAAAGUCUUCUGUUGCUGUAUCAUUGUGCUAAACAUCCCUUUUCAUGUAUUUUGUUUCUUUUGCAAGAUAUUUGUUUUUCAAAUAUAAUUUUAAUUCUUCCGAUAUUUUUAUCAAAAAGUGGUUAAUGUCCUGUCACUGUCAUUUUACAAGUGAUUAAAGUGUCACUCAAAUCUUGAGAGGGAAGUAAAUCCUCAUGAUAAAAUAUCUGACAAACUAAAACCUUGCAUUUCUUCAUAUUUGAAUUUUAAGUGUUAGAAAGGAUAUUAAGCUUUUUAAUAUAGAUAUGCAGUAUGCAGAGAUUAAUUUUCUUUUAAAAGAUUUUACCAAGCUUUGAAUUCUGUAAAAUCUGAAUAAGUCAUUGUAAUAAAAUGUUAGCUAACUA